CAAAUCUGACGCAACCAACAGCCUCCUCUCUCUCUAAGCAACUUCUUCACACUUUCAUUUGUCUCUCUCACUGUCCCUCCAAGAAUUAACUUCUAUUGAACAUAAAAGCCUUGUUGUUUUCUUUUUAUCUCUUUGAUCUCUUGUAUGAAAAUUUUAAACUUAAAUUCCAUGACAGAAAGAAAAAGUAAGCAGAGAGUUUCUUCAGCUAGACAAAAAGCUAAACUUCCAGUUCCUUCUUCUUUAUCUUCUUCGUCGUCGAAUUGCAGAAGAAGAAAGCCUGCAGCAACACCACGGUUAUCAAAACCUCCCCCUAAACCAACUGGAAUUUUACAGCGUUGCAAAUCAGAACCGAAUUUUUGGAAUGUUGGAAUUUCUUUUGGUAAUGGGACUACUAGUUACCCCGAAAUGCAUCGGCCCCUUACGUGCACCGAUGUUCUUGCGUCGCCCUUUACGUCUUCGUUGAAUUCUGAGAAAUAUGAGAAGGACGCAAAGGUGAUAGUCAAUGUAACAGUUGAAGGUAGUCCUGGACCAGUCCGAGCUAUGGUCCGAUUGGGAGCUAGUGUUGAGGAAACGAUUAAACUUGUUGUGGAUCGAUAUGGCGAAGAGGGAAGGCGGCCUUACUUGGAUAAGGCUACGGCAGUAGCUGAUUUUGAAUUACAUCAUUCCCACUUCAGUCUUGAAAGUAUAAAUAAGACGCUGAAGAUAGGAGAUGCUGGAACCAGAAGCUUUUAUUUACGAACUAACAGCAAUAGCCGUAGCAGUAGCUUUACUUACAACGAUGGUGACAGAUCAGCCGACCAUACAAGACUCAUGCUUCCGUAUUCCCAUUCUGCUCCGGAAGUUGUUCCUUCAAGUUCGAACAACACGAUCGAUGUUCCACCGCCCUUUCUUCUUUUCUCUUCUCUUGUAGCACGAACAUUUAAUAAGUUUGGAAGAAGGUCGAUAAAGCUUUGGAAGGUCUUCCUCGGUUGUAUGUUUUUGUUGUGUUGAGAGUUAACAAGACUGCGCCGGUUUCCAGUGAUCUUCUGGGUUGUGACUGCACCUUUUUUCCAGCGCAACUAGGAGUCACGGAAGCUCCUGAUAGAAAAUAAUAAUUCUCGACCUACCAUGGAAAAUCUCGCAGCAUAUCUGACCGUUGGCUGUAAAUGAUGCGGGCAUAGUUGCACUUAGCUUUCACAGGAAAAUUUGUUCGUCACACGAUUAAAGUUAAUAAAAAAAAAAUCUUUAUACAUCACUUUCACACGUCUGGAAAAUGCAAGGCUAUGUUAAAUAUAGGGGAUGUCAUGUAUUCUGUGAAAGUCAAAAAGAUUAGAGAAAACAUAGGACGGUGAAAGUCGGCCAAGUAAAGAAUGAAGACAGUCGAGCCCCUAUUGAGUUUGAUUCUUCAUUGUUGGUUUUACAGGAGAGCAAGCAUCAUUGUUGGAGAAUAUCUCCCAAUGCUCCAAUUUUUAAAUUUUAUGACAUGAAAAGAGGUCUUCCUAACUAAUACUCUUAUAUUUUUCUUAUUGUCUAAUUCCUCUUAGUCUUGUAAUAGUAUACACUAGUCAAUCACCAUCUUUU